AUUCUCCCAAUCCUGCCACUUUUCCUCUUCUAAGUCUUCCCACAAUUUGAGGAGAAAUGUCUAAUUUUGAGCGACAAAAAUCUGUGAAAGAACCUAGAUACUCUUCCUUCUCCUCCACCCUCCUCGACGAAAUCUAUCGCUCCAUCGAUGGGUUCGACGAAAAAAAACUCAACAGGCCAAUAAAAGGAACCUUUGCCAAUGAUGAUGACAACAAUGGUGUUGUGAGUUUUAGGAGGGCUUGUUUGAUAGAGAAGUUGAUGGAACAAAAGUUGGUGAAUCACAAAUUCUCAUCAACCAAACCUUGUAAGGGUGCAAAGCGUCUUUCCUCCUUGUUAAUCUCGACGAGCUACGACGAUCCUUUCUUCUUUAGCUCCACCACGCCCCGCUCUAGCUCCGCCGCGCAAACGGCGGAGGCAGACUUUUCGGGUUCGUUUUGGAAAUGUAACAGUUCAUCCAAAAAAACAUCAUGUUUCAAUUCUACGAGGUCGUCUAAGACGGUGAGGACGACAACGUUGGGGCUCGAGAAAUCGAGGAUGAUCAAACCGCCCGUUUCUCCGGGGGCUCGUCUCACCCACUUCAUCAACUGCCUUUUUGUCAGCAGAAGCCACGCCAGGAAAGGCAGGGACAAGAGCGCGCCCUCCACGUCGGCAUCUACUCCGACAUCGAUAGCACGCUCUUGUCUGAACAAGACGCCGAGGAUGAGCAGGAGCGGGGCGAAGAGGACAGUGAGAUUCAACCCCGUUGGCGUCAUCCUCGGCGAGGAGAACGCAUACGGCGGCGGUGAAUCUCCGGCGCCGGGAUUUCAAGAAACCAAGAAAGCUCUUCAUGAGGCGGGCUUGUCGAGAGGCCACAUUGUCCUCAAAGGCUACCAUCAACACCGGAAUCGUCAUCAAUGGAAGAAUGAGGAAUCAUGGAUGAGUGCAGAAGAAGGGAGAGAUUGUUCUGAUGAUGAUGAUUUGAGUGAUUCGAGUUCAGAUUUAUUCGAAAUUGAUCAUCACGCCCUGUUCGGAAAAAGAAGAUUCCGGGAAGAACUGCCGGUGUUCGAGAGUACUCAUCUGGACUCGAGUCGAAUCAUUGCUACUGGCUUAGUACGCUGAUUAAUAUACAGAGUAUAUAAUUAUCCUUAACUACUCCUGCAAAAUUCAAUAAUCAAUAAAACAGUAGUACGGAAUUUAAAUAAAAUAUCAUCCAGCAUAGCAUACGCAGUACUAGUUUUUCUUUAUAUUUGUAAAUCGCAGUCAUACUUUCCUUUUUUCAAAACAAAAUCAUACUUCCUUAUUUGUCAAACAAAUCUAUAUCAAAACAGUACAAAAUAGUGUAAAAUAGUGUUAAACUGUGUCAAAACAGUGUACUUUAUACGGAGUAAUAAAAUUUACCCCUCAA